AUGUUGGCGAUGAUGAAUUUAAAAUGCUUGACUGUAGUUCUUUUUCUUCUCUUAACUAUCAAAUUCUUCAAUAUACUUCUCUUUGACAGUUGUCCAUUAACAAUCGAACAACAACCGCAUCAUUUUUCCUCUCUUCGAUCAUCAACGCGUUGGAUCAAGAUGAGUACAUUAUACGAUCAAGUUUUAAAAUCAAAUAUUUACAUUCAACCUGUACUACUCACAUUGGUUGUGGUUACAAAUAGUUUCAGCAUUCGCAUUCUUUCCUCCAAUGCUCUUCGUAGUUCACCUUGCUCGCAUUAUUUUAUUACCUACUCAGUUCUGAGUAUAAUUUACAGUUGUCUGGUAUGUCCGACACAAGUUAUACGUGCUUUGUGGAUCGGAUGGGAGAAUACACCAAUAGGAUGUAAUAUAUACUAUUAUAUCAUAUUCUCGCCGCCGAUACUUGCUCGGAUUAUGCUCGUUCUAGCUUCAUUUGAUCGGUAUUGUUCUAGUUCGAAGUCGCGCUCAUUCAAUUCAGCAAGCACGAAACGAAUAGCCCGUCUGACAGUUAUUAUCAGUAUAGUAUUAGGUACGAUAUACAUGAUACCAAUGUUUGUCAUUUACUAUUUUGAUCCAACAGUUGGCCUAUGCCGCUUAUACACUACUCUACCAGCCAAUCUUUAUACAUUUUCUCAAGUCAUAGGUUAUUACAUGCUGGGACCAUUAUUAAUACUAAUUUUUGGUACUCUGACCAUUUUCAAUAUUCGUAAGCAUUCUAUCCGUACAGGAAUACAAAACGGUCCAACGACGUCCACUCGUCGAACAGAAGGACAAUUGGCACGUAUGCUAAUUCUUCAAAUAUUUGUUCAUAUAAUUCUAACCACUCCAUUCGGGGUGAUCUACUGUUUAAAUGUGUUAAUUGCAGCGACGCGUACGCCGACCACAAUCGCUAUACGAAACGGAUGGCAAUUUCAAUGUGCGAAUACAACUUGUUUACCGUCCAACACCUUUCUCACAUUAAAUAUCCGUCAAUGUCAAACAAGCUGCUUAUCCGAAAUCUAUUGUAAAGCCAUCAGUUUUCAUCGACUAGCCACUCGUUGUAAUCUAUUCGAUUACGUACCUGAUCCAAAUGGAAACAUGGUUGUUGAUACAGAUUCGAUGACAAUGAUCGUUAUUACUGAGACGAGAAUACCACGAGAACCCACGACAACUUCAACAACUACA